CCAACCAACUACUACUCAGUCGGGUCUUCCGAGUUGGCGAUGACGACGCCAGGACAAGACGCGAAGGACUUGUCCAUUCCAGCGAAGCGAGCGAUCGUGGCCAAAGUGCAAACCCGCCACAAGGCCCACGAGACCUUUCUGCAGCACAAUCUGGAGGACAACUACGACUAUAUGGUCAAGACGACGGACCCAAUCUUUGCGGACGCACUGGAAGCCAUCGUGCAGCUCAAGCCGGAGCAGGUUGCUUCGUACCUCGCUGAUUUUAUGGCGGGGGGUGAAAUCGACCUCACCAAGUUCAAGCGUUCGCAACUGCAAACGCAGUUUUACUUUGACCGAAAAGUUCGCGACGUCAUGUCGCUUGCGAUCGGAGCUGUGAUCCAAGAUCGUCCGACCGACGUCCGCGCCUACUUGGCCGAUUUCUUCCAGAAACGCAGCAACGACUACUAAAGUAUAGUUUACGUCUAGUGCUAACGCUACGAUCACUUUCCACUGACAUG